AUGGAGAAGACUUUGAUAGUGUUAGCGUGCCUUUGCGGCUUCGCACUCGCCCAGUUUGGAGGCCAAGCUUACUCUAGAUAUCAGGGUCAACAACAGCAGCCGCCUAAGGCAGCCCCCGCACCAAAACUACAGUCAGGAUGCCAGGAACUAAACGAACGUUACCCUGUUCCUGGAAGCUGUGACAGUUACGUGGAAUGCAUUAAUGGAACAGCCGAAGAGAAGAUAUGCCCCGAUGGUUUACGAUUCAACCCUAACGCGCUAAUCACAUCCUAUCCUUGCCAAUACCCCAACGAGGUGGCCUGUCUUGAACGGUCGUCUUUACAACCCCCUCAACCGACUGAUCAAUGUCCCAACCAGUUCGGUUACUUCAGGUUAGGAGAUCAAAAGAACUGCAGUUACUUCAGAACCUGCGUCAACGGUGUUGGCUAUGACUUAAACUGCCCUGAGGGUCUUGCCUGGAGUUCUCAGACUUACCGCUGCGAGUGGCCUGAUGAGGUCGAAGAUUGCGAUGUUGAAGCUUUCCUCGGCUUCCGUUGUCCUGAAAUCCCUGAAAGCAGAGAGUUUGGCCCGCCAGCUGGCUACAGAUUCUACAGGUCAGAAACCAAUUGCCAGAAAUACUUUAUGUGCAUAGACCACAAGCCCAGAGUAUUGUUCUGCGGCAGUGACUCAGGCUUCGACGAUCUGACCUCUACAUGCGUCUCUGCUGACGAAGUUGAAAAUUGCCCACCAGAGCUAAGACAAGCUGCAGCCCAAGCCAGGGAAGAUGAGAAGCAACGCUUUGCUAAAGAAACUGAAUUCUCUGCUAGAAAAUCAUCAGGAUAUUCACCCAAGAAGAGGUACUAUUAA